AUGUCCGACUCGGACCCGGGUGGCAUCGCACUUGCGGGAUCCUCUAGGAAGCGUGCUAGAACAAUAUCCAAUCUUACCGAGGAGCAGAUCCAACACAAGCGCAGCGUUGAUCGCAAAGCUCAGCGUGCCUUUCGCCAGCGGACAAAGGACUGCAUCGCACAUCUCGAACAGCAGUUCGCCCAAGUCCAGGAGAGGUGCGCCCAAAGGGAGAAAAAACUGCUGUCGCUGCGGGAGCAAAACAAGACCCUCCUCCGCUGUCUGGAGACCAUUGUUGACCUGGCCUCGACCACGCUGAGCCAGACCAUCGACGAUGCGAGCACGAGUGAUGGCUCCGAAAGCGGUAGCAGCACCCAAGGAUGCGAGGGGCGCCAUCAAGGAGAUGCUGUCCAAGGGCCCGACUCCCAGCACACGUUUGGAGCGCAGGGCAUGCACUCGCCCACCGUUUCUGAGCCGGAAAGACGCCAAACUGAUCUGCCAACACAGGCUGCACAAAUGCAGCCAGAUCAUCCCCAUUAUGUACCCGAUCGCUAUUCAUUCACGGGAGGCGACUCGUCCUACACCGCCACGUCGACCGCUUCUGUGAGCACGAAGGACAGCCACGCGUCACCAACGGAAAGCUACCAGCUUCCACGGCCUAUUUUGAACGCUGCACAGUUCUCGGUGGACCCGCAGAUUGCCCAGACCGCUGACGACGCGUCCCGGACCGAAUCCUUUGCCGCGCUGCCAACUCCCUGCAGUACCAUGACGGUGGAUUCACGAUAUUACGUCAAGCCAACUUCCGUCUUCGCCGUUCUUCCUUCCCACUUGCCCUCGACAUGCCCUCUGGACCAGAUACUGCUCGACUUCCUCAGCUCCCGCAGAGACAUGCUCUCCAGUGGCAUGCCCAUUGAAACGGUCAUUGGGCCGCGGAAACCAACAGUCAAGGCUGUCAUCAACCCUGAGCUGGUCACUUCUGUGCACCCUCUCAGUGGAGUCCUGGCUGGGGUCUUGUCAACCUUUCCCUAUGUCGGACAAACGGAGAAGCUGGCCUUCUUUUACCUCAUGUGUCUAACUAUGACGUGGCAAGUCUCUCCCACCAAAGAAAAUUACAUGUCCAUGCCGACAUGGCUGAGGCCGACGGUGGCGCAAAUUACAAUCCCACAUCCUGUGUGGAUAGACAACAUUCCGUGGCCGGGCGUCCGGGACAUAUUGAUAGAGAACUCGGAGGAUUUCCCGUUCCAACUAUUUUCCGACUACUACUCCCAGAACGUGACGGUGAACUGGCAGUUUGACAGCCUCGACGCUAUCUCGGAUAUGGACAACGACGCUGUAUUACAUUCGAUUUUCGAGAAACACGUUCGUAACCUGAAGAACUGGACCGUCUCGCCCGAGUUCCACACACGCUUCCCCGAAAUGGUAUCCGCAAUCUACGCUGACGACUAA